AAUGACUGAGUUCGAGAUGUCCUUUUUCAGUUUAACAAGCGCAAGCGCAUGGAGUCUCUCUGAGCGUGAGGCUCCUGUGGCCAUGGUGGCCUAUGCAGGUGGUGGUACAAGUUUCAAGAUGUUUUAUAUAAACAACUUUUUUUUAAAUUUUUAUUUUUUGAAAAAUAUAUUAAACCAUAUGAUUUAUUUUUUAAAAGAAACUUAGCGCCUCACUUCACCACAAUCGUUUUUAUUAAAAAUCUAACGUUGCAGAAUGCCUAAGCGUAGUAAAAAAGGUCUGAAGAAAAACAAUACUUCUGAUAUUGCAUUAGAUGUGAAACUCUCAGAUUUUGCAAAUAGUUCAGCUCGUACUGGAAGACUGCGGAAAUCUGUUGGAUGCUCUUUUAAUAAAGAAAUAGUUGCCAACAUUUGCAAUGCAGAAGAAAUGUUAUGGUAUGAAAGAGAUCUUGAAGAAUUUCAACUUUUAGAAAUUUCCACUGAAAAUCGAAAAAAGCAACUGCGAUCAAAAGCUCUCCCUGAUGAAUCUCAGAGCAGACCUGGCAUAAGGUAUCCAAUAGAUGUAUGGUUUUUAAUUGGCCAAGCUAUUCAACCUGAAGAUGUCAAAAAAUUUGCAUUAAUAUGUAAAGAUUCAUAUUUUGUUAGUCGAUCUUAUUCCUUUUGGCUAAGAAUGUACAAAAGAUAUUACUCACCCAACAUUCACCUUCCCAUCAGAUUGCAACCCGACUGUAUAGAACAAUCUUACUGUCUUAAAACAUCUGUCAUCAGAGCUCUGUACUACAUGUAUCCCCUUUUCAUAAAUAGAAUAGCCUCUCGUUCAGCCAACUCUGAUAUCUACUGCUUGUCAAAUCUUUGCUGUACACUGAUGUGGCGAAUCCAAGAAGAUGGAAAGUGGGUUUUUUAUUUCAAAUUUCAAACUAACAACUCAUGUUUUGCUGCACCAUUAACUUAUGGAGUAGUUAUCAAAGACUUGUGGAACAGCCAAGAUUCUGAACAAGGAAUGAAACAAGAAACCUACGUCAACCACAACCCUGACGAGGGUUGUAAAAUAUUGAAAUUAACUUGUUCUCAUUUUGUUGUUGUUCCUCAGCUGGUCAUGGGGAGUCGUCUAUCAGAUGUUCGCAUUAAUUUGGCCCACGACAUGCGUCGUCAAAAACUGCAGCUGUCAUUUUCUUAUGCAAAUUAUCGGCAGUCCAACUCGACUACCAAUAACUCUAAAGAAAAUGGUUAUGGUGAUGUGGUGGAAUUCGAUGCAGUGGAAAAUUUGAUGGUUUUAAAUUGGUGGCAUCCACAAUACCCUUCUGAUCAUAAGAUUUAAUAUCUGUUGAAUUUUUUUUAAAGUUUUUGUUUAUCGAUUAUAAUUUAUCAAAUUUGUUUUAAUAAAUGUGAUUUUAAUGUUUUCUGUAACAAGUCAAAGGAGCUUGUUAGCACUAAAAUUAAAGCCAGUAAAAACACAUUGAUGUGAGGUGUAACAUUUGUUACAAUAAAAACUGUUCUGAAAA